ACCAGCACCUGCGUGGAAAUUCCUGCAGAACAAACCAAAAGAAAAAAAAAAGAAAAAAGGAAACGGUGCGAGCCACUCAGAAAGGAGAAGUGGCAGCAGAGGAGUCCGGAGCGCAGCGCGGACGCGUCUUCUUCUCUCCUCCCCCUUCAGACCCCGCCGCUGCACUCCAUCUCUCCCUCUUUUCCUCGCUCUCUCUCUCUCCCCUGCUCUCUCUCCCUCUCCCUUUCUUAAAUUGACAUUGGUCUGGCUCGAAACAUGAUAACAGAAAAGCCUUCCUCCGCUCCGCGUUGCCGGGCUGUCCUCAACCCCGAUCACUUGAAACUCAAAUAAGCAGGCGUUCAGAGGAAAAAAAAAAAAAAAAAAAAGAAGGAUCGCACACUAUCCUGUCAGCUGGUGCUCAGAGGGAAUAACAAGAAACCUUUAUACCACACUCACACACCCUUAUAUGUGCUCUUGCGCAUCGUAGAAAGUGCUCGUGUUGAACUACAGUGAAAGUUAACAUGUAUAUGCACGCUUUGAUACGCGUAAGCCUUGGAUUUGUAGGUUUCUGCCUGGUCGCCUUUGUCCAACAGUCAGCUUCAGGAAGUAAAACCACUCAAGAUGUGGACGAAUGUGCAGAGGCGCUUGACAACUGUAGCAUCGAUGCCAUCUGCCAGAAUACCCUGAAGUCAUACAAAUGCAUCUGCAAGUCAGGCUAUAAAGGCGAUGGCAAGCAUUGCGAAGAUGUUGACGAGUGUGCAACUGAUUACAAUGGCGGCUGUGUCCACGAGUGCAUCAACAUCCCGGGAAAUUACAGGUGCACAUGCUAUGAUGGCUUCCGCUUGGCACAUGAUGGGCACAACUGUCUAGAUGUGGACGAGUGCUCCGAAGGCAACGGUGGAUGCCAGCAGAUUUGUGUCAACAUGAUGGGCAGCUACGAGUGCCGCUGCAGAGAAGGAUUCCUCCUGAGUGACAACCAGCAUACCUGCAUCCAGAGGCCUAAAGUGCAACCAGAAGGCACUAAAGAGGGACCCACCUGCAUGGACAAGAAUCAUGGGUGCGCGCACAUCUGCAGGGAAACGCAGAAAGGUGGCAUCUCCUGUGAAUGUCGACCUGGAUUCCAGCUCACCCGUAACAUGAAGGACUGCAAAUUAACGUGUAACUAUGGUAACGGGGGUUGCCAGCACAUCUGCGAGGAGACGGACCACGGCCCCAAGUGUUCCUGCCACAUGAAAUUUGUCCUGCACAGCGAUGGAAAAACUUGUGUAGGGGAGAGGAGUGUCCAGUCCCAGGCAGCCCCACAGCUGUUCCCUAAUGAGACCUGUGCAGUGAACAAUGGCGGAUGUGAUAGCACAUGUCAUGAUUCAGUGACAGGAGUCCGCUGCAGCUGUCCUGUUGGCUUCACUCUGCAGCCAGACCGCAAGACCUGCAAAGACAUUGAUGAGUGCCGUCUGAACAAUGGGGGGUGUGAUCAUGUGUGUCGAAACACAGUGGGCAGCUUCGAGUGCAGCUGCAAGAAAGGCUACAAGCUGCUAACCAAUGAGAGGACUUGUCAAGACAUUGAUGAGUGCUCUUUCGACCGUGCUUGCGACCACUUUUGUGUCAACUCUGCCGGCAGUUUCCAGUGUCUUUGUCAUAAAGGCUACGUCCUGUAUGGACUGGCACACUGUGGAGAUAUUGAUGAAUGCAGUAUAAACCGUGGAGGUUGUAAAUACGGCUGUAUCAACACUCUGGGGAGCUAUGAGUGUACCUGUCCACCAGGGUACAAGCUGCACUGGAAUAAGAAGGACUGUAUUGAGCUGGUGAAGUGUCCUCCUGGACUGAUAGCACCAAAAGCCACUCUGACCUGCAGCAAGACGGGCAAGAAAGAGAGCUGCUCUCUUACAUGUGCUUCUAAGGCUCACUAUCUGGCAGAGUCUGAUAACAGCUACUCAGUCAGCUGUGGGAUCCCCAUUCUCAGAGGGAAGUCCCCCGCCAGGCUCAACUCCAGCAGCAGUCAGAGCUGCAUAGAGACUUUGGCCCCUCCAGUGAAGCAGACGGCGUCUUUCAAGAUUAAAAAUGCCAAAUGUCACCUGCAUCCUAAGCUGACGGGAAGGACGGAGGACAGGGGACGGACACUGGGACCAGGUGGAGGGCAACCCUGCAGCAACUGCCUGGUAACAUUUGUGAACCUCAAAUGUGACUCCUCCAAGAAAGCUAAAGGACGACGUGCUCGAAACCCCUCUAACAAAGAGGUGACACGCAUUACCUUGGAGCUGGAAGCUGAGGUCAAACCUGGAGACACUACAGGCAGUUGCAAUCUCAGCUGCCUGAGACAGCGCAUGGAGAAGCAGGUCAAGACUUACAUCAAGGCUCUGAAGAAGUCCAUCAACCAGGAGCGCUUCCUGAUCCGAGUCGCUGGCUUGGAAUACGAGGUGGCCCAAAAACUUCCCCAGGCUACCCCCAUUCCAGAGAACUGUGGCCCAGGCUGGGAGAGGGACAGUGGCAGAUGUGUCAGAUGUUUGCCAGGGUCGUAUUACCACGGUGAGCAGGAGCGUUGUGUCCAGUGUCCACCCGGCACUUUCCAGGAGAAGGAGGGGCAGCUGGCCUGUGACCUCUGCCCUGGCAGUGAUGGCCAUGGGCCUGUCGGGGCACGGAACAUCUCCUCCUGUGCAGGUCAGUGUCCAACAGGGUACUUCUCCAGCGAUGGCUUCAAACCUUGUCAGCCAUGUCCUCAGGGCAGCUACCAGCCAGAUUUGGGCCGGACCCUCUGCUUCCCCUGUGGGGGAGGACUAAGCACCAAGCGGGAAGGUGCCAGCUCCUUCCAUGACUGUGAAGUCAAAGUUCAGUGUUCUCCAGGUCAUUACUACAACACCACAGUACACCGGUGUAUCCGCUGCCCAGUAGGGACCUAUCAGACAGAGUUUAGACAGAACUACUGCAUUUCCUGUCCAGGAAACACCACUACUGAUUUCGAUGGUGCCACAAGUGUCUCACAGUGCAAGAACAGGCAAUGUGGUGGUGAGAUGGGCGAGUUCAUGGGUUACAUUGAGUCACCUAACUACCCUGGUAAUUACCCUGCUAAUGUGGAGUGUAUUUGGAACAUCAAUCCGCCCAGUAAGCGCAAGAUCCUAAUCGUAGUUCCAGAGAUUUUCCUGCCCUCAGAGGAUGAGUGUGGAGAUGUGCUGGUUAUGAGGAAGAACUGGUCGGCUACAUCCAUCACCACCUAUGAGACAUGUCAGACCUACGAGCGGCCCAUCGCCUUCACAGCUCGAUCCAGACGCCUCUGGAUUAACUUUAAAUCCAAUGAGGUCAACAGCGCCAGAGGCUUUCAGAUCCCCUACGUUACUUAUGAUGAGGACUACGAACAGCUCGUAGAGGACAUAGUGCGAGAUGGACGGCUGUACGCCUCAGAAAACCAUCAAGAAAUCCUCAAGGAUAAAAAACUGAUUAAGACUCUUUUCGACGUGCUGGCUCACCCAAACAACUACUUUAAGUACACCACUCGGGAGUCUAACGAGAUGCUGCCCCGCUCCUUCAUACGUCUCAUAAGCAGCAAAGUCUCUGCUUUCCUGCGACCAUACAAGUAAAAGUCAAGCAGCCGCUGACGCGCCGGAUCACGACCCCUCCACCACCACCAUCACCACCACCAAACCCCCGUCCCCCACCCUUUACCCAGACGUCCCCCUCUACCUUACAGGCCCACGACUCUCACAGGACUUAAAAACACAAAACAUACUAGUAUGUUUACCCUUCUUAUUUUUCAUAGGCUUUGAUGAUAAACACUAUGCAGACCUGAGAUACAUUGAACACCGUUUGUGUUUUAGGUUUUUUGUUUUGUCAGUUUCCAUUCAUCACAGGUCAGCGAUCCCGAGCAUUUUAGUGGGGAUGUACAGUAUGUGAGUGGGUUUGGUUUCUAUUGUGCUGUGCAAUGGAAUCACAGAAAACAACAAUAGAAACGCCUAUUUCAGAUAGUAGGAGUGACAUUUUGUGUGUGGUUUGAGCUUGGUAGAGCUUGCUGUUGUGUUUGCUUAAAGGAGUGGUCUGAGCUCCAACUCCAACCAUUAAGUAUGACUGUAAGUGUUGUGCAAGUGUUGUGUAACUCUGGUUCCAUCUUCGGUGUCUGUGUGUUGUCCUCGAGGAGGAGCAGUUGUAAAAUGAAUGUUGCAGCUGCGUUCCAGGUCAUUGAAAGCCCGGCUAGAUGUGCGCUCUUAGAGCAGUUUCCAAGGGUUUUGCUGUUAAAACAGUUAAUCUAUGUUUUGCUCUGUCUGUUUAGACUGUACCAGCGUUUUCCAACCUUCAGAUAAUUUCUGUUGCUUUUUUUUUCCAAGUCAACUUAAAGCAAAUACAAAACGGUGGUUUAUCAUUCUAGGAACAAAGUGGGUGUUUGGGAGAUAAAUAAUUGUGAGAGCCACAGAAAUGAGAUAAUGUGAUGUCUAGUGGAACAUGUCUCAGAGAGAGAGAGAAAUGUCUUUGAGGGACAUUUUGUUUGCUGCUUCUUUUAAAAGGUCACUUUAAUUCUUCAAUCUCAUAUUGUCUUUCUGAUGUACUCUACACACUAAUAAUCCGUAGGUUUAAAACAAAGGGAAGCUCCAAACCUGAAAUACUUAAGUUCUUACAUCCAGUAAGUUGAUAAUGUCACAUUGCCUGUCUGUGGACUACCAGUUUUAUUGUGUUUUUAUUUCAGUCUUGUAAAUAAUGAAAAUAAAUUAGACGAGGGUUGAGUUCUUUAAUCCUAAUUUGCUUACGCAGGACCCCCCAAAUCACUUUCUGCCCCUGAUGUCCCACCUGUCUCAAAUCCAAAGACACCUGAUCCCUGCCCCAUUCACAUUUCGUUCUGUCCCAAUGAAGACAGCUCUUCCAAAGACCAUCCAAAACGGGCGGGUCAAGUUGUUUUGUGCACUAGAUUUAGAGCCCGUCAUCCUUCCUUUUUAGUACAAAGUGCAAUGAAUGAAAAUGGCACGCAUUCAUUUUGGUUAUACCGUUAGGACCCUCCCCCCCUCCAAUGAAACUUACAAAAUGUGUUUUGGGCUGCGACUCAUUGUAUAAAAUAUUUAUCAGUCAUUAUGGACAGAAGAAGUUUAGGCUUAAGUACUCUUAAAGAAAUACAAAAAAAGUCUUAAAAUGUAAUUAAAAAUAAGUAUUUGGUGUGUAAAAAAAAAAAAAAAAAUUCUUUGUGAUUUCAGAAGAUGAACCAAAACAGGGUAAAAUAAUUUAAGUUAGUGAAAAAAAACAAAACAGUUUGCUUCAUGUUAAGAUAAAGGAAUGUUACAACUUUGAGUGAAGUCUGCUUAUUGCCUUUCUAUUGAGAGUCAAUGCCAUGCAUCUAUAUGGUAAAUAUCAAUCUGCAGCUAGUUGAGUGUUUGCUUGGUAUGGAUCUAUUUUCAAAGGUCACGACGACAGUUUUUUGAGGACUUCUUUUGCAUGCAUCCGCUUGUAAUAUAAUCUUAGAUUCCUUCUGAUCCAUUUGAACAGUUUGGUCCAGUCCAGUUACAGAACACUGCUUUUUUUUAAAAAAAACAAAAAAAAAACUCUGCAAAUAAAUAAGCACAGCAGGUUCAAAUUGUUAACAGCUGGACAUUGCGGCACCAUAGCUGGAAACAUAGCAGCAGUCAGAGUCUCAACAGCAACCAUCUAUCCAGCUACACCUUCACCAUCACAGCAGACAGAGCAGCUGCUCCUACAACCAGCAGCUGGAUGCUAUCUGAAAUCUACCUUUUAAAAAGAAUAAUGAGUAAUAAAUGCAUCAUAUAAAAUGUACCAUCAUCUCUACUUUCUCUGGCUUGGCAGAGUUUAUAAAUGGACCAGAUCAUCCCACAAACUGCUCAUAUGGAUCAGGAGGAAUUAAAGCAUACUGUGAACGAACACAACAGUUAUUGGGAGGUAACAAAAAAGUAAUGUGACGUAAAACAAAUUUUAAAAAAUCUCACCAUGACCCUUGUGGGACUCCAUUAUUUUUUACAGUCUAUCAUAAGGGGGACUUUAUGAUAAACUGCAGCAACAGAAACUCUGUCUUGGCUCUGUCCAAAAACAUCAAAAUCUGUCUGUUGCACCACUAAAGCUAACAAUUAAACACGUCUGGUUUUUGGAGCAGACUUUGGGUGCUUUUCAUUCUGCUAACUUAUGCUUCCUCAUGUCUUUUCAAUUCCUGUGAUCCAGGAAUCUCUUCUCCUUCCUCCUCCUCCUCCAUCAUAUAGCAUCUCUUAGUUUUUUUGCAGUUGGUUUGUCUGAGGUACUCAUCAGUAGUCGGUGUUUUACCACAAGUGGUUUGCAGUCGGCACCUAACAAGUUUAGAGAAGUGGAGAGGAUUACUAGCAGGGAAGCUAAGCAGUGUACUGCAGUGAACGGGGUCAAUGACAACUUUUUUUAGCUAACUUAAAGGAAAAAAAAGGAUACGGUCCAUUUAAAUGUGUGCUAUAUUUAGAAUACUCUGCGGCAACCCUUUUCUUUGGCACUACUUUUUCUCCAAUGUAGAAGUUCUGUAUUACUCUACAGAAGUGCACCAGAGUUCCAGCAGUGCAACACAGGUGUGUUUGAAUACAGAAGUUCUACUGUUGAGGAAACUGGCCCGAGGAAUGGACUGUCUGACAGUAAGGUAAAGAAGUCAGAAUAUUCUAAAUGUAGUACAGUUAUUGAUUUUUUUCCUUUUCUUUGGUGGCUAAAAUCCACCUUUGCUGUGGACCACGUUCCCAGCAGUACACCGCUGAGCCUCCUGCCAGCAGCCCUCUCUGCUUCUCCACAUUGGGAUGGUUGCCAGCUGUGAGCUACAGAAGUCAACAAGACUCUGCGAGAAAGGGAAUAAGCAUAUUUCUGAAAAUAUACGGACUAUUCCUUUAAAGUCAUGAAUGCCACCACUGCAGUCAGAUUAGUGUAGAUGACUGCAAGUGACUGUGAUAAUCCCCAGUGUUAAACUGUAUAUUCAAACCUGUAAACCCAGAAUAGAUAUAAGUAAUACUCCAACAUCUAAGACUGUUUAGUCACCACUCAUGUAAAUACAAAUAUGUGGGAUGGUACACUACAUAUUAUGUACCAAACUGUAUUUAAAGAACUCAAAUUUAGGAUGACAAAAAGGGAAUUUGACCACGUUAUCAAACUCGAGGGUUAUGUUGGGCCAAGCAACGAGGAAUUUCUAUUAAAAUUCUGCAAUAAUUUUUAAUCCUAACUUCAGUUAUUGAUUACUUACAUCUCUCCAUAGAUACCAAACUCAUUGUGUUCAUUCAGCCCACGUGCCCUCAUUCCCCAAAAAAACCCUCUCCCACCAGAAUCAGCUUCUUUCCUGCAACCUGAUUUUUUUUUUUUUUUUUUUUUUUUUAUUGCUGCCUUUUAAACGAGAGUUUGCUAUGAUGUAUCGGAGUUGAUAAUGAUAUUUGCACUUGAAUUGUUAUUGCUCAUGUAAAGAAAUGUCUGGAUUUUGUAUUGUCUUUUUAAAUGAAUGGAAUUGGUGUUCUUAUUUUCUUGUAGCUUGUUUGUUCAUGAAAUGCUCACUCACAGUUUAGUCUAUAGAGAUGAUACACAUAACAUUAUCAACUGUAAAAAAAAAAAAGGAAAAAAGAAAAAAAACUUAUGUACAGAGGUGAAUGAAACAAGUUUGUUCUUGUUACUGCCCAAAACACUUAUCAAAAUAAACAUACUGUACUUCA